AGAACCUGAUUCCUCUUCUUCUUCCGGAGAUUAAACGGACCAAGAGGAAGAGCCGGACGUGGUUUUCUAGCUAGCUACUCCAGCUUUCCAAGGUGGACAUGGAGGCGGUGGAGCCGUCGGCGGUGGUGAGCUGCGUGUGCUGCCGCCUGGAGGAGGAGUGCACCGGCGAGUACGUCGUCGGCGUGAGGGCCUACUUCGGGGGCCGGUGGCUGUGCGGGCUGUGCUCCGAGUCGGUCAAGUACGAGGCCGGCCGCAGCAAGCGCGCGGCGGCCAUGGGAAUGGAGGAGGCCGUGCAGGCGCACAUGGCCUUCUGCCGCAUGCUCCGGCGCAGCGGCCCCGCGGUGCGCGUCGCCGAGGGCAUGUGCCAGAUGCUUAGGCGCACCGCGUGCGGGAAGCACCGGGCCGCCAUCUCAUCGUCCUCGUCGCGGCGGACGACGCCGGUGCCGGUGGCGUCAGCGUCUGGACCGCACCACCGCGCGUCGGUGGCGCCGCUGUCGAUCGGUCUAUGAAUAUCUGGUCGGUCCUCUGUCCAAGAGGACCCACGUACGGUCUGGCGGCGGCGAUCGACCGGCCGCCUGAGUUGAUGCCUGGUUCUUUAUUUUCAUCAAGUGCAUGCUUGGGACGUAGUACGUCAUCAAGUGUUGGAGUUCAUUUCUAAGUGUAAGUUUUGGUGGAUUGAUCCGAUGAAACUUAAUUACGAUACGAGGUUUAAUUCGUGUA